CGCUGGUCAUUCCCACUCAACCGAACAAACAAUCUCACUGACCACCAGUGUUGCGUCGUGCUCACCGGACACAAAUCACAGAAAAUGGCCGUGUCGGCGCUGCAGCAGAGCACCAGCUUUAUCGGCCAGACUCUCGUCCGCUGCGUCGGCGUCGAUGCCGGCGGCCGCAUCACCAUGCGCCGCACCGUCAAGAGCGCGCCGCAGAGCAUCUGGUACGGCCCUGACCGCCCCAAGUACCUGGGCCCGUUCUCCGAGCAGACGCCUUCGUACCUUACUGGUGAGUUCCCCGGCGAUUAUGGGUGGGACACUGCAGGGCUAUCUGCUGACCCAGAGACGUUCGCGCGAAACCGCGAGUUGGAGGUGAUCCACUCGCGGUGGGCGAUGUUGGGCGCGCUGGGGUGCGUGUUCCCGGAGAUCCUGGCCAAGAACGGUGUAAAGUUUGGCGAGGCCGUGUGGUUCAAGGCCGGCGCACAGAUCUUCUCCGAGGACGGGCUAGACUACCUCGGUAACCCCAACCUGGUGCACGCGCAGAGCAUCCUGGCCAUUUGGGCAUGCCAGGUCGUGCUCAUGGGCUUCGUUGAGGGCUACCGUGUCGGCGGGGGACCCCUUGGGGAGGGGCUUGAUAAGGUGUACCCCGGUGGCGCCUUUGACCCACUGGGCCUCGCCGACGACCCAGACACCGCCGCAGAGCUGAAGGUGAAGGAGCUCAAGAACGGUCGCCUCGCCAUGUUCUCCAUGUUCGGGUUCUUCGUGCAGGCCAUUGUCACCGGCAAGGGACCCAUCGAGAACCUCUUCGACCACGUCACCGACCCCGUCGCCAACAAUGCGUGGGCAUACGCCACCAACUUCGUCCCGGGCAAGUAAACCUGAUCCGUCCAUCUGUGGAGCGAGAAUGCGAGAUGCAUGUGUACUGUACUCUGAUUGAUGUAUAUUAAGCACCAGUCCAUGAGUGGAUGAAUCAAUGGUGUACCAUUAACUAGUCAAUCAUCACAUAGCUUUCAUUCUUUCUGUUUU